AGAAGGCAGGCAAGUGAGAAGUUCUAUAGCUAAAAUAAUUAAGUAGUGAUGUCUAGUAGGAGAAGAUCAAAUAAUUCAAGAUUCACUCAAGAUGAGAUUAAUGAUCUUGUCUUGAAACUACAAUCUCUCUUGCCAAAUUCCUCUUCAUCAAGGUGCAACUCUGGGGUACCAGCAUCAAAGAUACUGGAAGAAACGUGCAAUUAUAUCAGAAUGCUGCACAGUCAGGUGGAUGAUCUCAGUGAGAAACUCUCCCAAAUACUGGCUUCACUGGACACCGUUACUGCUGAUCUUGUAGACACUUUAAUAAGUCUUCUUCAACAGUAAAAAAAAAAAAAGUCAAUAAAACCCCAAGGAUCUAGGCAUCCCUGAGUGGUUGUUAAGUAUUUUUAUUAGCAUAUCCUAAUCGAUUAUUCGUGCUUCACUAGUUACAUUCUACCUAGAGUUUUGUAUAUAUAUAUAUUAAUGUCGUAGACAUAUAAAUAUCGUGUCUUGUAAUAUUGUAGAUACAGUAUAAGUUAUGUUUAAUUGGUGUAUUUGGUUCGGGUCGGUCAUUCUAAUAUGAAAGCACCUGAUAGUUGGUCCCACUAAGCUUUGAAAUAAUGUGCCUAACUAACCUUUGAAUUUUCUGGUAAAGUGUGAUGAUCUAAUAGUUGGGCAUGUCGUAUAGCUAGAUAAUAAGAAAUCCAAGAUAAUACAUAGA